AUGUCUAACGAUACGCCAAAACCCGUACACAGUCUAGUUCUCGAUGCUGGACCGAUCAUCAAAAAUGAGCCAUCCGUUUCCACCUUAUUAGGACAGGCAGAAUUCCUUUACACCAUCCCCGCCGUUAUCGACGAAAUCCGCGAUGAGACAACGAGAAUGCGAAUCGAAAUGACGCUGAGGCCUUUUCUGAUCAGCAGGCAACCAAAUCCUGCCAGUAUCAAAGUUAUUACGGAUUUUGCGAGGAGGACGGGCGAUUUGGAGGUUCUGAGUCGGCCGGAUGUGCAUUUGAUGGCGCUGGCAUAUGAGUUGGAGUGUGAAAGGAAUCAUGGCGAUUGGAGGUUACGAAGUGUACCAGGCCAGAAGGGUCUGAACGGGAAACCACCGGGUUCAGCUUUAAAUGCAACGGUUGAGAAGGUCGUGGCAGCAGAAGGAACAAAGAGUGAAGAGGCUGCAGAGGCGAAGCAGGAGGAUGUACCAAGAGACACAACUUCCACCAACCAGAGUAUAGAGACGCAACUUGGAAAUACACAUAUAACGCCCGAUUUUGGAAAGGAGGCGAAUGAGAAGGAAUCACAACCAGAACCCGGUCCAGCGGACGAAGAAGCACCACAACCAGCAAACGCCAUCGUCGAGGAACAGCCAAAUGAAGCAGAAGAUUCCGAUGAAGAAGGAUGGAUCACACCUCAAAAUCUAAAGGAGCACCAAGCAAAAGACGCCGAAGGUUCAGUUGAGCCAGCAGAAGAAAUCAAGAUCAUGCAAGUCGCAACCAUUACUUCAGAUUUCGCCAUGCAGAACGUACUUAUGCGCAUGAAUUUGAACCUUCUAUCAUCAUCACUCAAACGAAUUCAACAAGUGAAGACCUGGGUAUUACGAUGUCAUGGUUGUUUUGCCAUCACCAGAGACAUGACGAAGCAGUUCUGCGCUCGCUGUGGAAAAGAUACACUCCUACGAACCUCGUGCUCGACAGACAAAAACGGCAAUUUCCAAGUCCAUCUCAAGAAGAACAUGCAAUGGAAUACGCGAGGCAACGUCUACAGUAUUCCUAAACCCGUUGCGGGUACUUCGAAUGGAAAACUGGUGUCGGGCGGUGGAAAAGGUGGAUGGGGUCAGAGUUUGAUAUUGGCGGAAGAUCAGAAAGAAUAUGUACAGGCUUUGACCAAUGGGCGGAGACAGAAGGAGAGGGAUCUCAUGGAUGAGGAUUAUCUUCCUAGUAUUUUGUCUGGUGAUCGAAAGGGGCCUGGGGGAAGGCCUAGAGUCGGUGCUGGGAAGGGUGUGAAUUCAAAGAGGAGACAUUAA